AUGUCAACCUGGCGAGCGGCAGUCGGCGUAAAACCACCAAUAGCGCCGAAACCGGUAGAGGAGGAAGAAUGGGAAACCGAUCCUGAUUUCAUUAAUGACAUCAGCGAGAAAGCGAGUAGAUGGGGAGCGAAGACUGUGGAAGGUUCAGGGCACCAGGAACAUUUCAAUAUGGAUAAAUUCCGGCAGGAGGCCCUAAUAGCGGAUAAAAUCCAGCAGGAGAAGAAACUGGAGCAAAUGCCGAAGCCAAGUGAGGGAUAUGGCGGCAAAUUUGGUGUAAUGACAGACCGAAUGGACAAGGCAGCUAUGUCGUUUGACUACAAGGGUAAAGUGGAUCCACACGCAUCGCAGAAGGACUAUUCCAUAGGAUUUGGUGGAAAGUACGGCGUUCAAACGGACCGUAAAGACAAAUCGGCAGCUGGGUGGGACGAGAAGGUCGACCUGUCGAAGCAUGAAAGUCAAAAAGACGCUUCUUCUGGAUAUGGAGGCAGGUUCGGUGUUCAAGUUGAUCGAAAGGAUAAAUCAGCAGCAGGAUGGGAUGAGAAAGUGGAGCUAUCCAAGCACGAGAGCCAGAAAGACGCAGCAACUGGUUACGGUGGUCGCUUUGGUGUGCAGACGGACAGAAAGGAUAAAUCGGCCGCAGGUUGGGAUGAGAGGAAUGAGCUUAUGAAACACGAAAGCCAAAUGGACUACAAAAAAGGAUUUGGAGGCAAGUUUGGCGUUCAAAAAGACCGUCAGGAUGCUUCGGCAGUGGGUUGGGACACAAAAGAGGAAGUUCCGAAACAUGCCAGUCAAACUGAUUAUAAAAAAGGAUUUGGUGGCAAAUUCGGAGUUCAGACGGACAGACAGGAUAAAGCAGCUGUUGGUUACGAUGUUCACGAAGGUCUCCAGAAACAUGAAAGCCAGACGGAUUAUAAGAAAGGAUUUGGAGGCCAGUUUGGAGUGCAAACUGAUAGGCAGGAUCGCAGCGCUGCUGGAUUUGAGUACCAUGAACAACUGGCUAAGCAUGAAAGUCAAGUGAUCAAUAAAGGCAUCGACAAAUCAAACAACCAAACACGUGGAGAUGAUCGGCCGACACCAAGUCCAGCUGUCCAUCGUGAGAACGUUGAAGUCCCUGCAAAGGCGCGAGCCUCAGAUCUGCGUGCUCGUUUCGAGAAAAUGGCGACCGCUGACACUGUCGAUCGUGUUGCGGCUGAGCGAGAGAGAAGAAAGCGUGAGGACCAGGAACUGCAAGAGCGCCAACGACGUGAAGAGGAGGAAAGACAACGUCGCAAUUGA